UUCAUUUACCUUCAGGUGUGUAUUGUGGUGACACAAGCAAAGUGUGGUUAGCGUCGAUUAACUAGAUUGCAGGAGUUGAUUAAUUGAAAUUAAGGAUAAAAAUGGCUUACGUGGAUAAUAUUGUUCAACGACACAAAAAUCCUGUUACGGAACACAUGAUUGGAGCGGACUGGCUCAAUUCGGAGCAGAGCACAGGGACAUCAAUCAUGGCGUGUGAAUUUGAUGGUGGUGUCGUAAUAGGUGCUGACUCCCGGGGAACAACGGGAGCUUAUGUUUCCAACCGUUUCGCCGACAAACUAACAAGAGUGACGGAUUACAUUUACUGCUGCCGUUCCGGCUCAGCGGCGGACACCCAGGCCAUCGCCGAUAUAGUCGCGUACCACUUAGGGUUGCACCAGAUGGAGCUGGGCACGCAACCCUUGGUGGAAACCGCUGCCAACGUGUUCCGCGAGAUAUGCUACAACUACCGGGACUCGCUGAUGGCCGGGAUUCUCGUGGCGGGAUGGGACAAGCAAAAGGGCGGCCAGGUCUACAGCAUUCCCAUAGGCGGUAUGUGCGUGCGACAGCCAAUCUCCAUCGGCGGCUCCGGCUCGACGUACGUGUACGGCUACGUGGACGCGCAUUACAGGCCCGACAUGACGAAGGACGAGAGCCUCAAGUUGGUCGAAAACACACUGGCGUUAGCCAUGGCUCGCGACGGUAGCAGCGGCGGCGUCGUACGCACCGGCGUCAUCACCGAGAAGGGAAUCGAGCGGAAGGUCAUACUGGGCAAUGAAUUGCCGCGCUUCUACGAGGGCUGAAGUUUCAUCACCUCUCCGUUUUUCUUUCUGUCGCGCGAGAUCGUUAAUAUUUCUAGAGAUUUUCGCCACUGGGUUCGCUGAUUAAAGGAUACAAAGUGUGAUCGGACGUA